AAAAGUGCAACAAAAAAUAUUUUAAGAAAGAGUGCUAGUCGUUCAAUAACAAAAAAACGCAACAACGCACUAAACGAAUAUCGGCAAUGCAAUUUCCGAAAGAUGCACUUCGCAUUGUGGGGGUUAUCUUGAUAGCUCACUUGCCGGUAUAUCUGGCAAAUGGAAGAGUGGGAAAUGCAGAAAACGUCGGAGCCACUUUAAAUGCAUUGGACGCUUCGAGCGCCGUAGUGGAACCAAAAUGGCAUGUCAAUUUCAAUCCCCCCAAUAUGACGGCACACAUGGAUACGAGUGUUGAAAUACAGGUUAACAUAACAAAUAUUAAUGCGGCGAACUUAGACGAUGUGGUCUUUCGUUUUCACAGUGACAACAGUGAUUUGGCACAAGUGGACGAUGUGGUGCAGGGCUCCCAGAUUGAUCCUCUUACCCAUACAUGGCAAGGAAAUAUUACAAUACGCACGAUAUUUUUGGGUUUUACAAACAUCCAUGUACAUAUGAUCAACGAGAAGGAGAACACAACGGAAAUCAGCAGCGAAUCUUUCCCAUUGAUAAUAAUACGAAAACAACGCGUAAUUGAUCAUGUAUUUACGGGAUCAGUUGCCUUGCUGGUGUCUUUGUUGUACAUAAACUUUGGUGCUGCCUUGGAUAUGUCGGUACUAAAGGGGCUGAUUGUGAAGCCAGUGGGUCCAUCAAUUGGCUUCGUUUCCCAGUUCGUGUUAAUGCCGCUCAUCAGCUAUGCCGUGGGUUAUUUUGUUUUUCCGGAUAGUGUUGAAAUGCAAUUGGGUCUAUUCUUUACCGGUGUCUCACCCAGUGGUGGUGCUUCCAACAUUUGGUCCGUCAUCUUGGGUGGUAACAUAAAUUUAUCCGUCCUGAUGACUACCGUUAGCAAUAUUGCCGCCUUUGGCAUGAUGCCACUGUGGAUUUUUACACUGGGCCAUUUGAUAUUUGCACGCGGUAAUAUGGCAAUACCCUAUAAAAAUAUUGCAACAUUUGCUGUAGCCUUAGUGGUACCAUUGGCCAUAGGUUUGGGUAUACAAAAAUGUUCGCAACGUUUGACCAGAAUAUUGGUGCGUUUCCUUAAACCCAUCUCAACGUGCCUCAUAUUGUUUAUAAUCAUAUUUGCAAUUGUAACGAAUUUGUAUAUGUUUAAAUUGUUUUCGUGGCAGAUAAUAUUGGCCGGUUUAUUAUUACCCUGGAGUGGUUACGUGUUUGCCUGGAUAUUUGCGAAAACUUUAAAACAAAAUCCUGCCGAUGCUUUAACAAUUGCCAUUGAAACUGGCAUACAAAAUACCGGUAUAGCCAUAUUCCUCUUACGUAGUCUGCCCCAACCGCAAGCUGAUCUAACAACCGUUGUUCCCGUAGCUGUGGCAAUAAUGACACCAUUUCCUUUGUUGGCACUGUAUCUGUAUAAUAAAUGUACUGGGUUCGAUGUCAAAAACGGUACAAUUCUAACUAAUGAAAUUCCAGAACAUAGCAAUGAUCGAAUCUCAGAAAGUAGUUGAGUACUUGUAGCACAUAGUUUUGUGGUUUUACAUAUAAAUUCAUGAAUAUAUUGUAAUAUAUCUUCCAUUGGGUUCUUCCAAAACAAAAUUGUAAAUUAUAUUUAAAUUUAUACAUA